AUGGCUGAUUAUAUCAAUUUGUCGUCUUUUGCUUGGCUAUCAUUAUUUUUGAUUAAUAUUUCUUAUCGUCAAAGUUUGUUCUGCUUAGCCAGAUGUUUCGUGAGACGUUUGAACUGCCGGCAAAAAGAUGAAUGUUGUUGUGAUGAGCCAUCGAUGCAAACUACAUUCAACGACAUACCAUCCAGCAGAGCGUUUGUUUCAUGUUCCUGGACCUGCUCCAACAACAGCCAGUGUCUGGCUUUCAAUUUCAACCAGAAUUCAAAAUUAUGCCAAAUGUUCCAUAAGAAAUCAUUGAAGUGUUUUCAGCGAAAAGACGACUGUUUUCAUAUGUCUUUAAAAGGUAAAUCCGAUCGCCAGUUUAACAUAAGGGCAGACGACAAAAUAGUUUCAUUAUAUUUCGAUGGAGUGCCCCAAAAGGAACUGCCAAACUGGGACGCUCCUCUCGUAUACAACUCGCACUCACUCCCGUACGAUGUUCAAGUUGUUGCUGUCCAUGCUACCAACUCAAUCAAAGAAAAAUACAUCGAAGCGUUCAGUGAUGAUGGUGCCAUCGCGUCGAAUACAACAUGGAAAUGUUCUACAACAUCUCCAGCCCUGGAUUCCAACAACAACAACUGGUAUGACGUGCAUUAUGAUGAUGCAAGUUGGUCAGCUGCCAUGGUUCAAGAGUCCCACAGCUUUUUAGCAAAAUCGAUCAAAUUUUGGUCGGAAGGUAACAAGGAAGCCUACUGCAGAACCAGAAUCUGUGGUUAA